AUGGCGGUCGGUGACCCAGGACGAGAUGGCCGGAUGGAUGAUGGAUUGCGGCCACGAGCGAGCGAUUUACCAGGAUCUGGAUGGGCGUUCUACCUGGUGGUGGCCGUGCAGACUGCCAUCAACACCGGGACAACCAUCGGCAUCUUUAUCACCGGCUACUGGGCCUUUGGCAAGACGGUGCGGUCCAACGCCAUGCAAAGCUUUAUGCCUGAGACGGGGCCCUCGCUAGCACCGACAUGGCUUCUCGGCCUCGCCGUUGUGCUCGUCCUCCUCCAGCUCCUCGCCAUCGCGUUGUUGUACGCACAAGUGGCGUACGAGGUGAUGGAGAAGAUGUUGGCGGACCCGACGCAAGGGAGGUUCUCACGGCGGAACCUCAUGCCGCGGUUGGCGCUGAGGACCAUCUAUGUGGCGUUUUGCGCGUUUGUUGCGGCGGCACUGCCGUUCUUCGGUGCCAUUGUGGGCGUGAUUGGGUCUGUGGGGUUCAUCCCGCUCGACUUUGUGAUUCCAGUCGUCAUGUACAACAUGGCCGUGUCUCCACCUAGGAGGUCGCUGGUGUACAUAACCAAUUUGAUGAUCAUGGUUGUGUUCACCGGCGUCGGGGUCAUUGGCGACGUCGCCUCCAUUCGGAAACUUGUGCUCAACGCCGGGCGGUUCAAGCUCUUCACCACGCUAGCGCCACCGGCGGCUGGGAAGAUGGCGAAGGCGCUGGUGAUCUGCUACUCGGUAGCGUCCUUCACCUUCUACCUACCAGCCAUCACCGGCUACUGGGCCUUUGGCAAGACGGUGCGGUCCAACGCCAUGCAGAGCCUUAUGCCUGAGACGGGGCCCUCGCUAGCACCGACAUGGCUUCUCGGCCUUGCCGUUGUGCUCGUCCUCCUCCAGCUCCUUGCCAUCGCGUUGUUGUACGCACAAGUGGCGUAUGAGGUGAUGGAGAAGAUGUUGGCGGACCCGACGCAAGGGAGGUUCUCACGGCGGAACCUCAUGCCGCGGUUGGCGUUGAGGACCAUCUAUGUGGCGUUCUGCGCGUUUGUUGCGGCGGCACUGCCGUUCUUCGGUGCCAUUGUGGGCGUGAUUGGGUCCGUGGGGUUCAUCCCUCUCGACUUUGUGAUUCCAGUCGUCAUGUACAACAUGGCCGUGUCUCCACCUAGGAGGUCGCUGGUGUACAUAACCAAUUUGAUGAUCAUGGUUGUGUUCACGGGCGUCGGGGUCAUUGGCGCCGUCGCCUCCAUUCGGAAACUUGUGCUCAACGCCGGGCGGUUCAAGCUCUUCAGCGACCAUGCCUUCAAUUGAAUCCAUUUCUUGCUUCUACCACACCGGACCAUAUAUUACAUCUUUCUGUUAGAAAUAUUCAUCCAAUAUUUCUUCUAGUAGU